AUGUCUCGAACUCUUGCUCUUGUCACUGGUUCAACUCAAGGCAUUGGCCUUGCAGUUGCCAAAGAACUCGCCAUCAAGCAUAACUACCAUGUCCUUCUUGGCGUUCGCAACACCAAAGCCGGCGAAGAAAUCGCCUCUGAUCUCCAAAAGGGCGGCCAUCAAGCUUCAGUUGUAGAGCUUGACCUAAACUCUCCUGAGUCCAUCGAAAAGGCAGUCAAGCAUAUUGAAGAAAAAUACGGAUAUCUCGAUGUUCUCAUCAACAACGCUGCUGUUUUGCUCGAUUUUUACAAGGACCUUUCAACCUGGGAUCUCUUCUCCAAGACAUUCACAACGAAUGUCGUAGGAACAGGCUGUCUUACUCAAAGCAUUCUCCCACUUAUUCGCAAAGCAAAGAAUGCUCCACCGCGCAUCGUGUUUGUCUCGAGCGUCAUGGGUAGUCUCACCAAGGCCACUGAUGAAACGACAAUCUAUUACAACAUUGACUACAAAGCGUACGACGCGAGCAAGGCGGCUGUUAAUAUGCUGAUGCUUAACUUUGCUCGGGAGUUGCGUGAUGUGGGUGGAAAGGUCAAUUGUGUUUGUCCAGGGUUGGUGAAGACGGGCUUGUCGGGUUAUCAUGAGUGGGGAACGACUCCUGAAGUUGGCGCUGAGAGGGUCGUUGACAUGGCGACAAUUGGGGAGGAUGGGCCCACCAGGACCUUCAGUGAUCGUAGCGGAGAGCUUCCUCUAUAG